AUGGCAAGUACUCCCUCACUACAUUUGCAUGAGAUCAGUCUGGCGGUUGAUGGUAAAUUAUUAGAGCGAAGACGCGUCACAAAACUGCUUGGUUUGCACAUUACCGAAAACCUUACUUGGAAUGAUCAUAUUAAACAAUUGUCCUCGACUUGCUACAGCACCUUGGUCACUCUUAAGAAAAUAAAGAACUUUACUCCAUUUUAUUUACGAAAGCAGUUGGCCGAACAGCUUAUUUUGUUCAAGAUGGACCACGGUGAUCUUGUUUUUAACCCUCUCCCCGACUACCUUUUAAGUAGGCUGCAAAUGAUCCAGUUUUCGGCAGCUAGUUUUGUUACCGGAAAAAAUGUGAACUCUGCGGAAACUCUAUUAAAGCUUAACUGGCUGCCGAUGCGUGAAUGUAAAGAUUUCAACCUACUCAAAGCCACCAUAAAGCAAUUUAUUCACAGAACUGGCCGAAGUAUGCUGCAGUUGAACUAUAUAAACCAGCUCGCAGCCUACGCUCGAGUACCAGCUUAA